AUCGAAGGAUUUGAGAGGUCCUGAAGGGGUUUUGAAAGUAUUGAAAUGAACAGAUCAAUGAACAGAUACGAUUAAUCACACUGGCUCAGAUCAGCUACUGAUACUGAGAAUGGAAUUCUGAGCCUCUGAGGGGAUCUGCUCCAAGCUAGCCACACUCUCUGCGACUCUGCCCAUCUCACUCUCCACUCUUCAAAUCUUGUCUGGAGCUUUUUCCUCUUCUUUCGUUCAUCAUCGUCGUCACCGUUGUUCGUACUUGAAGCUCGAAAAGGCGCCGUUUUGCCUCUUUUCCGUCGCUGCCGUGCCUCUUUUCCGUUGCAGUUGGUGCCAUUGUUCCUCUUUUCCUUCUCCUCAGAUGUGUUGAUUGUGUGAUCUGCUGUGAUGCUGAGUGAGGGGCUUAUGUUCUUCGUCCUUCUGCGACUCUGUGAGUGAGGGGCUGGAUUUGUUUGAGUGUAUCUCUAUUCAUGAAAUUGCUGUUUGCUCCAAGUCCUGUGACUCCGAUCGGUUAUUUGAUGAAGGUGUCGUGUGUUUGAUUUGGUUGAUUCCGGGACAUCCAGAACGCCAUGAGGAGCAGAUGGUGGGAUUUCUACUGUGAUUUCUUUGAUUAAAUUAGUGAACGCUAUCUCUCACUUUGUGAAUGAUUCUGCAUAGUUGUGAAUUGGUGGUGGAAAUUGGUCAGUAUAGAGAUGAUGAUGUCAGGUGGGGGAGGAGGAAGAUCUUCUUCAACAUCUUCAUCGUCCUCAUGGGCACCCGCAACUUCUUUCUCGGCAUCGGGAAAGAGGAUUCAGAGAGAAAUGGUAGAGCUCAACAAUGAUCCCCCUCCUGAUUGUUCUGCUGGACCAAAGGGUGACAAUCUCUACCACUGGGUCGCAACUAUAAUUGGCCCUGAAGGGACACCUUAUGAGGGUGGCAUAUUUUUCCUUGACAUAAUAUUUCCAAGUGAAUAUCCCUUUAAGCCUCCGCAGGUCGUAUGCAAGACUCGCAUUUACCAUUGCAAUAUAGAGACUACUGGCCGAGUUAGUUUGGGUAUAUUGAAGGAUGGUUGGAGUCCUACACUAACUAUUACUAAAGUGCUACUUGCUGUUAGAUCGAUUUUGAUAAAUCCUGACCCUUAUAAUGCGGCUGUCCCUGGUGUUGCCCACCUGUAUUUGGGAGAUAAAGCAAAGCAUGAUGAUAUUGCUGUAGAGUGGACGCUUCGAUUUGCAAAAUGAAUGUUAUGACUGUGAUCACAUACAUUAGUGUGCAAUAACUGUGAUCACAUCAUCACCUGUCGCUAUCACAAGCUUUGUCACAAGUCGUGUCUUGAGUGCACAAUAUUGCACUUGGUACAAGCGACGAUGACACCAAACAGUGCAUAUUGUCGGGUAGAAAGUUUCAGUCAGCUUCAGGUUUUAUUAGUCUGCAUAUGAUUGUAUUAUUUCAGUCAAUACAUCUAUCAGCUUCGCUAUUUUAAUACCUAGUUCUAGUCAAAAUGUGAUGUCUUGCUUCGAUUGUAAACUUUCACUGCUUCACACGCCUUUUUCCCCUUGAAA